AUGGCUUCAAUUUCGGUUUCCACGUACAUCAUGGCUUUCUUCUUACUGAAUCUUUACUUGAAAGUUGUAGCUGCAGAGCCAUAUCUAUCAUUUUCUUUCAAGAACUUUGGUAAAGAUUCAGAAGAAUUUGAAUCACGGGUUGCUCUGUAUGGUGAUGCUAAGGUUUCUAAUGAUAGUAUUCAAAUUUCUGGUUCUGAGAUUUCUAGUUCUGGGAGGGUCAUUUACAAGAAACCUGUUCAGUUUGUUGAAGGAAACCCGAGAAAUAUGGUGUCUUUUUCUAUGUAUUUUGUGUUUUCCAUGUCUAGUGAAAAGGGAGAUGGCUUGGCCUUUAUUAUAGUUCCUGCUAGUUUUCCUUUGAAUGUUUUUGAUGGUUGCUCAAUGGGACUGUUGGGGGACAGAAAAUUAAGGUUUCUUGCUGUUGAAUUUGAUACUUUUAAGGAUGAAAAGUAUGGUGAUGUGAAUGGUAAUCAUGUUGGGGUUGAUAUUGAUAGUCUUGUAUCUGUUAAAGUGAGCAAUGUUUCAUCAAUCAAUUUUGUGCUCAAUAGUGAUGAAAAAUUACAGGCCUGGAUUGACUAUGAAGCAAAUUCUAAAAGAAUCGAGGUGAGGCUAAGUAAGAUAGGUGUCAUUAGGCCAGUCAACCCGUUUCUUUCUUAUCCUAUUGACUUGUCACAAAUGUGGGAAAAUGAGGAUGUUUUAGUGGGAUUGAGUUCAUCUGGUGGGAAUUCAUCGCAAAAGUGUAAUGUGCAUUCAUGGAGUUUUAGGACGAGAACUGUCCCACAUUGGAUGCAUUCAGAACCAAUGGAUCCCGAGUCUUUUGUGGAGAAGGGAGAAGAACUGAAUGUUCGUAAGAGAAGUGAGUGUGUUGAGAGAAUACUUGCUGCAUUAAUUUUUAGCACCGGAUGUGGAGCAUUGGGGGCAUUCACUGCAUUGUUUGUUUGGACUAUCUUUGCAAAUAGGCGUCCUGUGCCGCCGGAGGAAUAUAUUGUGCAACCGAAGGAACAUGCUUUGCAGCCGAAGGAAUUUGAGUACAAAAAGUUCAAUAUUUCGGUAGAUAAGGCAAUUGAAGAUGGGUCUCUUCAAGAUUAG